AUGGUCACACCUCGGAACAUACGAUACUCACUCGAAAGAUGGAAGACGGCUAGCAUUGGGAAAUAUUCGAAGCCAGAAUAUAAGCGCAAGACUAGCUCAACCGCAAGUAGCACGGGAGAGCCACUGAGUAUGAGCGACGGUAUAGAUUGCACUUACCUGGGACCCCAAACCGUACCAUCAGGUUACAAUCCUCAGGACGUUGAGAUAACACAGUCUGGAGAUUCUACUUCCACACAGUCAAACAGUGAGCCGGGAAUCACCAACGGAGAGACUGAAAAUACAAAUACGCCCACUAUCCUUCACAAUGAGCCCGACACAAUGGAGCCAGCCAUCAUUAGUGGUCCCCCAGCCAUUCUCGCUGGCCCUCCAGAUGAUGGAAUGAGCAUUUGUUCACUAACAACCUGGGAUACAACAACUUCUUGGGCAGAUGCAAUGUUUCGAACCAUAAGUGAGGCGCAGGAUCUGUCAAACAUAUCCGACGAAACUAUUCCUCAGUGGAAGGAAUCAGUUUUUAGCCAAGGCCAGUGGCUGAUUGAUCCAGAACCACCUGAAGCCGACAGCGACCUGGGAUCUCUAGCUGUACUGGAGAGAGCACAAGCAGAAAUCGAGCAAGCUGCCGCUCACAAAAUGGCUUGUAGUGUAUGUUGGGAGUUGAAGGACCCUUCUGAGUUUCCUCCGCAUCCACCAUCAUCGUCUUGUCAUCACUGUAUUGCUGAGUGCUGCACAAGUUGUCUCACAUUUUCAAUCGACAACUCUUUACAAACAAGAUACUGGAAUGAUAUCAGAUGCCCAAGUUGUGACGAACAUAUAGGUUAUGAGGGGAUGAAGGAAUUUGCGUCUCCGGAGGCAUUUAUGGAAUACGACAAGCGCGCACUCACUCAUUACCUAUCAUCUGUUCCCAAUUUCCGCUACUGUACCUCUCCAACCUGUAAUUUUGGUCAAAUCCAUGUUGCAACAAAAUUGGGGUCAGAUACUCUUCCUCCUAGGAUAGCUUGCAGCAUGUGUUCAGUCAUCUCCUGCUCUCGACACAAUGUUCCGUGGCACGAAGGUGAGACCUGCGAGGAGUUCGACGCUAGACUAGCAAUCCAGAAUAAGGAGCAAGACAAAGGAAGCAAGAAAGAAGUGAAAAGAAUCACCAAGGCGUGUCCAAAAAAGAACUGCGGGUUGAGAAUUGAUAAGAACGGAGGAUGCCAGCAUAUGACUUGCCUCUGUGGACACGAAUUCUGCUGGGACUGCCUAAAGGACUACCCAGGUCAUACAUGGAUAUGUCCAUCACGGCGACCGCGUCGAUGUGUUCGUUACGUGGGUAAUGCGUUUUUGAGAAUGCGCCCUGGAAGGCAAAGGCAAAGGCGGAACACUCGCAGGAAUCGCAGACAUCGCAGAAAUGAUGACACGGAUGAUGAUUAA